CGCGCGGGUCUCGGAGCCAGCGGGCUGCUUGCUGCUGCGGCUGCGCCUCCUCGUCCCCCCGCGUCACCGCUGCCGCCAUGCCCGGAGGGCUCCUUCUCGGGGACGUGGCCCCCAACUUCGAGGCCAAUACCACCGUCGGCCGCCUCCGUUUCCACGACUUUCUGGGAGACUCAUGGGGCAUUCUGUUUUCUCAUCCACGAGACUUUACCCCUGUGUGCACCACAGAGCUUGGCAGAGCUGCACAGCUGGCACCAGAGUUUGCCAAGAGGAAUGUUAAAUUGAUCGCCCUUUCUAUAGACAGCGUGGAGGACCAUCUUGCCUGGAGCAAGGAUAUCAAUGCUUACAACGGCAAUGAGCCCACAGAAAAGUUACCUUUUCCCAUCAUUGAUGAUAAGAACCGGGAUCUGGCCAUCCUGUUGGGCAUGCUGGACCCUGCCGAGAAGGAUGAAAAGGGCAUGCCUGUGACCGCUCGAGUGGUGUUCAUUUUUGGCCCUGAUAAGAAACUGAAGCUAUCCAUCCUGUACCCCGCUACCACCGGCAGAAACUUUGAUGAGAUCCUCAGAGUAGUAAUCUCUCUCCAGCUGACCGCAGAGAAAAGGGUUGCUACCCCCGUGGAUUGGAAGGAUGGGGAGAGUGUGAUGGUCCUUCCAACCAUCCCUGAAGACGAAGCCAAAACUCUGUUCCCUAAAGGUGUCUUCACCAAAGAGCUCCCGUCUGGCAAGAAAUACCUCCGCUAUACUCCCCAGCCCUAAGUCUGUCCGGCAGUUGCAUAGAAAUAUCGGGGUGCCAUCACAGCCAAGGUCGUCACGCUGCUGUACUACUGGCUUAUUAAAUGGAAGUGGCCCUAAAACUUUCUUGGGAUUCUUUACUCUGCCUUCACCAGCAUUUUGUCUGUUCCUCCACCUCAGCACUCUGCUGGCUGGCCCGCUGAACUAUAUUGUGUAUCUGAGACUCAAGUCUUGUAUCUCUGCAGGGUUUGUAAUCAGCAAGGUCGUAUGCAGUGAUGAGUGAGAAAGCUUGCUUCACUCAGUCAUGGAGUGAUUAUCAAUUUUUGUAGUGGUACUGAUCAAAUAAAUCUUCUCUUUUGUUGCUCAUUUUGGAGAACACUGGACUGUGAGGUUCCAUUUCUUCUGUUAAGUCUAAGUAAAUAACUUAGGAACAUAAGAGUAACUUGUAUUCUUUAAUAAUCAGUAUUUUUCUAAUCAUGGUUGGGGGAAACUAAUUCUGUACUUUUCUAGUAGAUAACUGCAACAAGAAGAGCAGAGGGAAGAGUCUUUAAAUAAUGUGCUAUUAAAAAAAAUUGCCAUAAAUCUCUAAAUGGAGAGACUGCGGAAACGGCUUCCCAGCAGGGAAGGCGUUGGUGAAGAUCCGAGCAGGACGAGCGCCGUGUUCCCCUUCGAGUCUUCCCUCCUCACCUCUCCCUCCAAUAACAGGCGCAUGUGACUGGCGCGCCUCAUGAAGAGGUCUCGAGUGUUUAUUGUGCGACUGUUCUCACAGCGGGCUGCUAUUUUCUGAACUUUGCUCUUGGGGGAUCAGCAAAUAAAAUCCUUUGUUGAAACUGGA